GCGGGAAGUUCAGGAAAGCGUUUACUUCAAGGACUGAGCUUUAAACCGGUUUUAUUCAGAUUAGCUGACAUGUAGCAGAUAAACAACCACUGCGGCGGAUUUAUUCAUCGCUGAACCUUCGUCUGAGGAAUAUUAUCACAGCUCUGCAGCCAUGUCCAGCAGCAGCAUGGAGGAGAAGAGCCCCUCUGCAGGCAGGUGUUUCGGGCAGUGUACCUACACAGCUGAUGAGUACCAGGCUGUUCAAAACGCUCUGCGGCAGAGGCUGGGUCCAGAGUACAUCAGUACCAGAGUGGCUGGAGGAGGACAGAGGGUCUGUUAUGUUGAAGGACAUCGAGUCAUCGGUCUGGCUAACGAAAUGUUUGGAUACAACGGAUGGUCUCACUCCAUCUCUCAGCAGAACGUUGACUUUGUCGACCUCGUCAAUGGGAAGUUUUAUGUCGGAGUCAGUGCGUUUAUCAAAGUGCAGCUGAAGGACGGGGCAUUUCACGAGGAUGUGGGCUACGGAGUAAGCGAGGGACUGAAGUCGAAAGCUCUGUCACUGGAAAAAGCGAGAAAGGAAGCUGUGACUGACGGCAUGAAGAGAGCACUGAAGUGCUUUGGUAAUGCCCUUGGAAACUGCAUCCUGGAUAAAGAAUAUCUCCUUGCCAUAAACAAGAUCCCCAAACAGCCUCCUCCUCCUCUCGACCCAGCCCAGACCAAACGCUCCGCGGGGGAGCCUUCAGUGGAGAAGGCCCGGCUCUCCAGUCUGGUCCGAGAGGAAAAGCUUGUAUCUGCGACCCGUCCUGCCUGGGUGCCUCUUGAGCCCAGAGUCCCCCACCAGAACCAGAACUACUCAGACGUUCACACUCCUAAUGCUGGCCUUGCUCCUGACAGGACGAGUGAGAAGAUCAGCACCAGACCUUCCAUGGACCCGGUGGACGCUGACGGGUCUGAAGUGCACACCGACCCCAAACAGCUGAGGAAGCUUCGACAGCAGCAGCUGCAGCAGAAGUUCAGGAAAGAGAUGGAGGAAAAGAUGCAGCAGCAAAAACAAGAUCAGGCAAAGUCUGAGGAGGCGGAGGUUCCUAUUGGUCGAGGAUCCGGUGGAGGUCAUGAAGCUGGACCUGCGAUGAGCAACAGCACUUCGGCCAGACCCAGGAGCAGGGAUGAGUAUUUAGCAGAUGAUCCUGACGCCUGGGACUUCACUCUGGAUGGGAUCGAGGAGCUGGAUGUCCCCACAGGUGCGCCGUCGUCCAGUGGGCUCAGGCCAAGCACGCCUGGGAAUCACCAGAUGCAGACCCGCAGUAAGACCCCGCAGAGACCCCCGUGCAGACCAUCAGACGAGGGCCCAUCACGCAACAGAGGACAGGAAAGGGCUCAGUUCACACCUCAAUACCAGAACCUGUAUCAGGGGCAACCAGGUGACGCCUUCAGUCCGUACAGACAAGGACAGUACAUGAAGAAACGCAGACUGGACACCUGAGAGUUUACGUCCUCAGCACUUUGUAGAAAGAAGCCUCUUUAUUGUAUUUUGUGUUUAUGUUCAUUUUAAUGUGCACAUCAAGCUAAUUUUGCAACUUAUUGCUGCUGUUACAUAAACUAAAUAAGUCAGUUGUAAUAUUUGUAAAGAGUAUUACUAAAAAUGUAUUUGGGGGAAUGCUAGAACAUUUCUGAUCAAAACAUACCAAACUUUAAUAAACAAAACUCUAGGA